AUUUUUAGCACUUGUUUCAAAUAAUGAGAGAUCAAUGGUGAAAAUAAGAUUCAUAAAGUAGAUAUUAAUCACGUUUACACUAUUACUUUCAGUUUACUUUUAUAAUAGUAAACACUUAUAAAUGUGGAAUAUAGACUUCGCCAAUAAAUUUUCCAUUAAAUAUAUAGUUGAAUAGGGUAAAAAUGAUCUUUUAUAUCGUAUAAUGAAUGGUAAAUUGAUGUUUGACAGUGAAUCAGCCCCAGGUGGACCAUCUGGAAGACAAGUAUCACAAUCAUCACAAUACAUAUCUAAAUUAACUGGUCACAAUUUCGAUGUAGACUUUGCACAAAAAUUAAGAAUGCAAAAACAUAACAAUCAAUUGGCUUCGUUACAAAAAAUAAAUUAUCCUCAACAACAGCAUUCAUUCGAUUCACAUCAGUACGAUAAACGUUAUCCUUUACAACUUAUCUCUGGACAGUUAGAAUUAAAACAUAAUUAUUCGGAUUCUGAUGAACCGUCUAGUUUUUAUCAACCAAUACCAUCAAAACAACAUUAUUAUUCAUCAUAUCGUCGAUUUAAAACAUGUGAUCGUUUGCCAAAACAUAAACACUUUGAAAAUUCAUUUCAUCCAAAGCCGUUGAAUUCUAAUAUAUUUAUGUCACAUACUGAUCAUCACCUAUCUAGUACGCCAACAGUAGCUGGACUUAGUGAAUUACAAACAGACAAUAAAACAAUGUCUUUAACAACACCAUCAGCACAAAUGCCUACUACUUUGUCUCUCCCACUUCAAAUUUCGCGUGAAACAGCAUUUAAGCCGAUAAAUCAUAAAACUUUUGAUAGAAAUGCAUCCUCCUCUUCUUCUCAGUCUAUUCAUGAAUGUAACAGUGAAAGUUACGUCAUCGCUAAUGUCAACAAUGAAGUAGGUCAUAGUAGUAAUAACGUAAAAAUAAAUUCCACACCGAAUUUAUUAGAUUAUAUCAACACAAUUAAUUCUUCUGUUAGCAGUUACAAGUAUAAUAAUCCAUUGAUCUAUGCACAACAACAGUUCCACUUACAACAACUUAAACAGUUUCAACAACGUGACAUACCAAAUCAUGGUGAUAAUAGAUUACCGACAACUGGAAAAAACUGUACCACAAGAAGUAUGGAAGAACUUUUGAAGCGACAAAAAAAGCUAGAUCAUCUUCAAUAUUGUCUUCAAAGAUAUGAAAUAGAACGUGAAGAAGCUGGACAAGCAAUACGUAGAAUAGAAGAACGUAUGCAAGAAUUAGAAGCUAGAGCAUCGGAUCUAUUAGAAUAUGAUAUUUCUAAAAACUUAACUAAUAAUACACUAAAUCCUUUACAACAACAAUGGGGAAAUCUUACAACUAAUAUUAAUAAAGCUUGUAAUCAAAGUGAACAAUUUACAACGGAUGAUCUUGAAUAUCAAUACAUACGUUGGUUAAAAAGUAUUGAAGAUUCAGCAAACACUUUAAAGCCUACUGAAUUAGAUGAAAAUCUUACUAAUAUAUUUACUCAAAAUAAUUACAUGUACAUAGAAUCAUCAACAAAUGAUGAAAAUGACAUUUCUAAACAUCAGACCAAAUCACAAUGUUCAACAGAACACAGUUUUAAUCCUAUCGCCUUACCUAAUGUAAACAAUACAUCAUCAUUAAAAACAUCUACACAAGUAGAUGAUAAUAAUAAUAACAGUUCAUCGGAGAGUAAACGAAAUUUAUUAUUGGAACAUUUAAUGAUUCAGAGACAGAGACUGGCUACCGCGGACGCUUCAGUUGCAUUGCUUGCGAAGAGAUUAAUGCUGCUCAAUACAAGUCCUAGAGUUCAACAGAACAACACAGAAGAGAAAGCAAUAUAUAAGCGAAAAGUUUCCUACCCUGGUAAUCCUUUAGAGCAGAAUAUAUCAACAUUUGACCAACUGAUAGACAAUCAACAAGCUCUAACCUACUCAAUGACUCCAAAUGUUCUUCGGAACUCUAAAAUGAUCGGUGGCACUGUCAAUUCAACAAUUCAUAGUGAAUAUUCCACUGAUAGUAUAUUUCAGUCUCAAUUACCCAAUAGUUCCGUAGAUGAUAUCCUAACCCAUGGACAUUCACCAAAACCCAAAUUUACAGGUUGGCAAAAAUCUAGUACAAUCGAACGAAUAAAUAGUUCAAGUGCUCAAUAUCUUUUAGAUUCUCCACGACUUAACAAUAGCAAUAAUAAUACUACUACCAAUAAAUCAACUAACAUUACACAAAAAUUUAAGGAAAUAUCAACGAAUAAUAUGAAUAAUAAUAUUAGCAAAAAUGAAUUGAAUAAUUUACAUCAAGAUGGUGAUUUAUCAGUUCCUAAUGUUGAACGAAGGAGAUUGCCAACACCUAUUCGCGGCGAUUUAUCGGUAUGGAAUGUGAAAAAGUAUUUACAUAAAAAUCCUCAGUUUACAAAACUUGCUUCAGAAAAUGGUUAUAUUGAAUUAGCUAACGCCAGUUCUUCUCCAACCAAUGAUGAAGAUUAUACAAAUCGAUUGUUGUAUGGAAUAUCAAAAACUCAGCUACCUAGCCGACGAUAUUUUAAUACUAAUUCAUCGAAUAAUUCUAUGACAGGAUUUUUAACUCCUAUUAACUGUUCAUUUUUAUCGACAACAACACAACAAUCAUCACCCACGACAUUAACAACACAACCAUUAUUAUAUAAUGACAAACAUUUGACCGAAAAGUCACUAUUGCAUCACAGACCACCACCACCAACACAACAAAACCAACUAAAACCAGUACCUCCACUUCCACCAAAACCAAAUCAAAUCAAUAUGCAAACAUCUAUUGAAGCAACACAAGAACAUCUCAGCGCUGAAGAUGAAGAAGUCUACAAAUUUAUGUCACGUUCGCUUGAUGCUAAUGAAGAAAUGAAUUUAGAUUUUCAACCUUUAAAUCGAAAUCUGACCGAUUCCAAACAAAGACCUUUACCACCGCCAUAUUAUGUGAAUAUAAAUGACACAAAUAAUGAAAAAUUAUUAAAUCAAAGAAAAUUAUUUCCACAUAAAAUAUCAAGAACAAUGAAUAAUAAAACUAGUCAAUUAUUAAAACAAACUAUAACAUUGAAUCAUGAAUCGCAUAUACUAACUGGAUCAUUAACAUCUUUAAAUGAUACAACUAAAGAAGUGGAAGAAGAAAGAGAAGAGGAAAGUAACAAUCGAUUAUUGAAUCCAUCAACAAAAAAUAGAAAAUCAUUAAAUUCAAUUGAGAAAAUGAAAAAUCAACUAGAAGUAAAUCAAGCGCACAAAAUUAAACGAUAUAUCAAACAAAAGUCAGACUACUCAUUUAAUUUAAGAGAGUACUUACAAAAUCAUCAUCCAAUUAAUGAGUUAGCCAUAGAAACAUCUGAUGCAACUGUAUUGCCUGAACAACACGGAGGAAUAUGCCUUACAAGUUUACUUGGUAAUUGGCUUACAUCAAGAACUACUCGAGCACAAAAAACACCAACAGUUGAUGAAUCAUUGGAUUAUUUUCAGUGUAAGAUUAUUCUAACCAGUAGAAUAUGUGGUGGUUAUCUAUGGAUUAUGAAAAAGCCAAAUCGUCAACGAAACAAUAACAAUAAUAAUAUAUGGGAUUCAAUAAUGCGUCGAGUACAUGAUACAUCAUCUAAUCAACUAACUAAUACAGAUAAUGAAAAGCAUAAUAAACGAAUCAUAAUACGUAGUUCAAACAAUGCAAGAUGGUGUCGUAAAUGGUUGUCAUGUGAUAUGUUAGAACAAAAGAUAUUCAUAUGUGAAAGAAAAGGAUGUGGACGAAUUGAAUGUACGAUAAACUUUACAACAAUUAAAGAUAUACAUCAAAGUAGUACAGAUCAAUUAUUAGAUUGUCAAAAGUCUUGUUCCUUAUCGCCUAGAAUAUCUCAGAAAACUUCUUCAACAUUAGUAAAUACAAAUACUAGUAAUAAUAAUACUACUACCAAUAAUAAUAAUCGUCAGGUUAAAAGUUCUAUUCAACAAGAUAAACAUACUACUAUUUUGGAUACUGAUGAAGAACAAAAACAAAAUUCAUUGAUAAUAAAAAAAUCAACUAUAAAUAAUACUAUGACAAAAAAAACAAACUGUACAGAGAAAACAGAAACAUUAUUUUGUUUAGAGACAACACUACAUACAUAUUUUUUAAUGGCUCCAUCCUCUGAAUUGACCAGAUUAUGGAUUGAUGUUUUAAAACAAGUAGUACACAUCAAAUCACCUCCAUUGAGAAUUUGAAGAUACAUUCAUCAAAGACUAGGAUGAGUUGAAGAACCAUUGUAAGCCGAAAUCCUCAUUUAAAUUUGGAAUUUAUUACUACUAUGAACCCACAAUGCAGUGAGCAUAUGUUCAGAUGUACAAAUCUAGUUUAUGGUCAAAAUAGAGAGAUGAACAUCUAAUGCCUUAGAAACUUCAACUUUACAAUGUAUUUUAAAAAAAACCGAUACUGAAACAAUAAAUAUAUGGAUAGAAAUAAAAGCAAAAAACAUUUCUAAAGAUUAUCCUAAUUUUUAAAUUUUUUUAUUUUUUAAAACAAAUGAAACAAUCUUAUUAAGAAUAUUCGAUAAUCAUCAAUCGAUUAAAUGAUCAAUUUUGAAGUUUCUAAACACUACGGGACUAAAUAGUUGCUGUAUUAGAUCGAUUAACAAUCAAUGGAAUCUGAUCUUUUUUUCAGAUCUAUAAUCAGAGUAAAGAAUAAAACAAAUUUAAAAGUACCAAAUCUUUAGUCAAACAUUUCCUACUGAUCACACUAAUUGAAAUAAAUGGAUAAUACUGCACAUAAUAUUGUAAAUAAGUUAUUCAUUAGUGAAUUAGCUUUACUAUGCUAUCUAGCUAGAUCAUAUGUGCCGAGUGGAUAUUGAGCCAAGUAAACUGGUUAAGGAAUAAGUUAUAAAUGAUAUUAAAUGUCACGACCUAACCUAUAAGUAUUUUUAGCUAUGAGACUUGGAAUUAUUGUUAUACAUUAAUUAGGAGUCUAUCACCUCGAAGAUGUAAAUAAGAAUUAAAACCUUCGUUCCAAAGAAAUACUACAAAUAAUAUCUUUUCUAACUGGAAUAUUAUUACUGACUAAUAUCCAAGGUCAUAAUGCCCAUUAUCCUAUUUGUCACUGGUAAUCCACUUAUUACGAUGCUUUUUGCUGUCAAUAAAAUAAAUUCUAAACCAUAUCACUCAGCAUCUUCAAAUACUGGUUGCAGAUACAGUGCAAGCCAUAACCGGGUCGUCCGCAGCUACCUAAAUGACUCACUCAAAUUAUCGAUAAUCUCAUGCAUUAUUACAAAAUCGAGGUCUACCCGACCCUAGCAUCCUUCCAACCUUAUCUAUUCACCAAGAUUUCUAAUUCUGUGCUGAGACUACGCCAGACACCAACCCACUAUGACUUGAGAUUUCUAAGACUGAUUUAUUUAAACAAAUAAACAUUCGUACAAGGAGGCACCAAAUAUAUAUGCGCCACACUUCGUCAUCCGAUUUGUGUGAGAGCUGAAAUACUGUCCGAGAGGCCAAACUUCCAAAAUAGGUGAAUCGGUCGAUUUGCUCAACUACUUCACUUCCUAUGAUCAAUUCAGAUCAUUCUUGAAGCAAAACUCUGCAUUCGGAGGGGGAGAGCUGCCCAUCAAUUAUGUUUAGAAUGUUGCUCAAGGUAAUCAGACCACUUUGAAUUUUGUCAGUCUUCAACAAGCAGGACAAUCUGUGUAUUUUAAGUUAACACGUAAAUCUUUCGGUAGGACAUCAAUCUCCGAAAAGUCAAAGGCCAAAAUCAUUACCAUUAAAAGAACGUCAUUGAAAAAGUUUAACAAAAUUGGGGAAGUUGGUGACCCCGAAGAACAGCACUUUUUUACCCGUCCUGAUGACGUAUCCGCCAUACGCUCUAGAUUGCCCGGCAGUAGGGAACCUUCAUAAGGUUCAUGAACUUUUUUGAUACCCCUUUUGAUGGGAGAUGCUUCCAAACAAACAUUAAGUCAAAAAAUAUAAAUACAGUCAGGAUUAGGUAGAAAUGUGUGUCCUUCAGUACCAGAAGAACAGUGAAUAAUCGAUUAGCACAUCUACAUCUGAAACUAGACUAUUCUUCCCUAGUUUGCUAGUUACGAGCGAUAGUUGAGUGUUGAAUGAUUAUUGAGGCUAAUAGUCUAGACACUAUUAUUCAAAUUGAUGCCUAUGUGGUUAUAUGAAGCUCUCUACACUUUCUUAUAAACUGGAACGAUUAGCUACAAAGACCGGUCAGGUGAGAUCUUAUCUAGUAUCUUAUCAAUCUAACUGCUAAAACUGAACCACCAUCCUUAAAGAUCUCCAGGUUCAAUUUAUCAGGGCCUGCUGCCCUACCGAUCUUAAAUAAGCUAUAGCCUUUUUAAUUUCAUGAAGAGCCAGAAGACUUAUGUUGAUAUCCCACUUAUGUUGUGCUGUAACAGACAGUGACUAGAAAGUAGAUAUAGACUCGUUAGACUGUUCGUCAGUCUUUCGCCUAUCGCAUUAACUGUCUGAGCUGAGAUCGGAUCAUGGUCUCAACUUUUACAGACAUGAUCUCACUAACAAUCACCCGUUAUAAUUAACUUUGAGCAUUUUGGCUUUUUUAAGGAGAUUGGAAAGCUUUCUAUAACACCUUUUCCAUCCAAACUAGAGUCAGUAGAAGCAUAUGCAGCGACUACGACACAAGUAUUGUUUCUAAACCAUUGUCCUCCAAUGUUUAAUAUUUCUCAUUAUCGUUAAUAAUAAUAUUUCAACUCAUUUGCUAUUCAUCUCAUUAAUUUCAUCUAGUUGUCCCGAAAUGAUAUGUCAACUCGGGCUGACGCACACUUACGCCGAACUCUACCUCAAUGAUGACUGAAAAACCUUCCUAAUAACCACUAGGUUGAAAGUUUUCGUUCCGCUAAAAUUGUUUCGGUUGAGGUAGACGAAUAGUAUCAGUAGCUCCUAAACAACUAAAAUUUGUCACAAACCCGAGCACAUAAAUACGUGUAUUUGGUAAAUGAAUCACAUUAAUAAAAGGUGAGUAAUUGAAAAAAAAAACAGCAAGAAUGAUACUGUGGUAAGGGAAAAAACAACAAGUGAUUUCCUCAACUAUACUUUUUUCCUUGUUUAUUUAUUUUUGAUUUGACUACUACAGCAAUGAGAAUGGUUUCCAAUUCUACUUUCAUAAAUAAUAGUUAACAUUAUCAUCAUCACCAUCAUCAUUAUAAUUAGUUCAGAAGAGGAAUGAGAAGUAGGAUAAUCGUCGAAUAAGAAAAAGUUGAACUCAAUCUCAAAGGAUACUCAAACAAUACUGUAUAAACUUACGAUAUAUUUUAUAACUUUAUUAUUACUAAACUAGACAAAACUACCUUCACACUACAAUGAAUUAAUCAUAUUUAUUUGUAAAAAGUAAAACACUAUUCGUAUACUCCAUAAUAUUGUUAUUAGUUUAUAUUAAGUUUAUUUUAUAAAUUACGUUUAUGAUAGAAAAAGUCUUUUCUUUGCAUACAAUACCAAAUUGAUUCUUUCGUUGUUGUUGCGUA